CGGGAGUUAACGAUGGGGGUGCGAUGAAUGUUUUGUAUUGAUGAUCUCAAGUCCGUAGUCCUGUCAAAAAUUUGAAUUCAAACUGGUUUUUUAUGUUAUUAUUUGGAAUGAGUUAGUUUUUAGCAUUUAUAAUGUUUAAUAACGAUGAAAGAACGAUACCUUCUUAUUACCCAACUUUAAAAGAGUUAUGUUAUCACAUUUGCUCUUCCCUAAGGGAAGAGGAAAUAAAGGAUAUUGUAAAAAGUGCAGUUAGAGAAAUUGGUGAAAGUAAAUUAAACUCUUCUAUUGAUUCUAUUGAAGAUACUGAUGAAUUUACAUUAGCCCAAAAUAUUGAAAAACAAUUAGUGUCUUUGGGCAAACAAAAAGAUAUAGCAAAGUUUCGCCAUCUGCAUAAAAAACUAUGCCAUAGUAAUUAUCAUUCUUUAUUGACCAACCGUGAAGGGGUGCUUUCGUUUUUUCUGAAUGUUAGUGAAAAAAAGCAUGUUAAGAGAGAUAAAAUACCUGUCUUCCAAAAAAGAAGUUACAUCUCUUCAAGUAAUAAGUAUUAUUCAACAUCAUCCGCAUUAAAGGGUGGUGGAGACACACUAUCAGACAGUUCUAUAUUAUCAACCAAUGGAGAUAAUUCUGGACAGAAUUCAUUUUUAUCACGCCCUACAACAUUGUCAAACAAUGUUUUUAUUAGAAGAGAUGCAGGAAUCUCAAAAAGCCCUUCGAGACCGAUAUUGGUUCAGAAUCACAAUAGGACAAGUUCGUUUAUUUCAAGAAGUGCCAGUGAUACAUUUGUGACCUCGCCACAGUAUUCUAAAUAUAAAAAAAAUGAAGUUUCAAGCAGUGCUGUGAUUAAGGAACUACUGUUUUGUUUUCAAGGAAUAGAAGGUGCUCUAUUGAAAUUAGAUCAUAAUCUUGGUUUUAACAUUGACCCUCAGGUCCGAGUACCUCAGUGCCCAUUAGUUGAAAGGUUAAUGGAACUUGGCUUUCUUCAUAAUAACAUUGUAAACCAGUGCAAAAGCUUAGAGAAAGGUGGAUCUGUUGCUCAAGCCAUUUUAAUAGCCAUAAGGCAAAAAUUGAUCGAUUUUUAUGGAUUCAUUGGAUCUUUCCAUUCAGAGUAUCUGAAAAGCAGCAAAACGACUGAUGAUACUCCAUUGCGUGAAUAUGGUUGUGAUGAUAAUUCACUUACUCUCAGAAAACUAUCUUUCCUUACGGAGGAACCGAUGCAGCUUCUCCAGGCAGUCUGCGAUGCAUUAAAUGCUGUACGAAAUAUCAAUUCUGGAACUGCUACGACAGCUUUAGAUCACUUCCGUCACCAUGGAGACGAGAGAUACAGAGACGUUAUUACAUCACUUAUAAUACAUGCUGGAAGACCUAUCAUAAAUAUGAUAAUUAAUUGGAUGGUUGAAGGAGAGCUAUUUGAUCCUUAUAAUGAAUUUUUUAUAUCGUUGAAUACCAACUGCCAUGACAGAGAUAUAUGGAGAGAUAAGUUUGUACUUAGACAAGAUUUAAUACCAAAUGUAAUGUCAGAAAAACAGGCACACAUGAUUUUACGGUCAGGAAAAGCUGUCAAUUUUCUUAAUGUUAUAUGUGAAAAGAAAACACCUAUUGUAGGAGCUAGAGAAAGACUCCACAAUAUGAAAGAUGUCAAUAUACUUGAUCUGACAGAUCCCAGAAGUAAACUCUCAGAAACUAUAUUAGCUAUAUUUGAAGAAACAUCAAAACAAGUACUGGAUACUCUAGUCAAUGAGUUUAAAUUGUUUCAACACUUUCAAGGGUUGAGGAGAUAUAUAUUGCUUGGUCAAGGAGAUUUUGUGAAUUAUUAUAUGGAACUUGUUGAACCUGAAAUGCGAAAACCAGCAAGUAAAUUACAAUUUCAUGAAUUGAUGUCUCUAAAAUCUUCAGCCGAGAGAGCUACGUUAGCUAGAUACGAAGAUCCUGAAAUACUUAACAGGGUGUCUGUUAAAUUGUUAGUUGCUUCCGGUGGAGACUGGGGAUCUGAUGUGUUUGGACUACAAUAUAUAAUGCACGAUCCUCUUGAUGCGGCAUUGAAAAUCAAAGAAGGUGCUUACAGUCACAUGUUCAAUUUUUUAUGGCGUACAAAGCGUAUGGAAUAUAUUUUACUAAGCUUGAGGAAAGAAAGAUGGGCUAACAAAAACUCAUUGAAUUGGUUGUCAGAUAGAGUUCCUGAGAUAAAUGGUGUCCUGGUUUUAGCAGAUAGGUUGUCCCAUGAGUUGUUACAUUUUGCUCAGCAUUUUCACUACUACAUAUUAUUCGAAGUUGUUGAGUGUUUGUGGGAAAAAUUUCAAUUAGCUUUUACUAAAGCUAAAUCCUUUGACGAUGUAAUCAAAGCUCAUGAUGAAUUUAUCAUAGAAAUGCAAAUAAAAACUUUUCAAGAUAAAGAUUCAAGGACAUUUAUAAAUGAGUUACGACUAGUAUGGGAUUUAGUUUUUGAAUUGGAAUCGUUAGAGGAGACAUUUUGUUGUCAUGUAGCAAAAGAGUAUGCACUGCGAGUUGAGAGAGAAGAACAUAUUAAUAUUCACGGUAGCAACCAUGAAUUAGAAACAGUUAUCAGCCAAUCCAACAGAAAAUUCAGUACUUUCUUAUCGUCUACGAGGGCCCAAUAUAACAUACUAAACAGAAAUUACCAGGACGUUUUGAAAAAAUUUCUUUUGGAACUAUCUUCAAGUAAUAAACAUGAAUUAAGAAUGUUAAGCAGUCGGAUCGAUUACAGCGGUUAUUACAAAAAAAUGGACAUCAGAUUAACUGAAUCUAUGAAGUACAGUCGUUGCAGCGAUCUCUUCAAUUAGUUCAUAGUUAUUUAUAAUUUAUUAAUAUUGUUUUGUUUUUCUUUUAAAUAAAUGCUGUUAAUAUUUUAAUCUUAAAAAUAUUUGCCAAAAUAUAACUUCCUGUUUUAUGCUAUUAAAAUCCUUGAAAAGACUGUUAUGAUAUUAAUAAUUGUUUACUCUUUUUCUAAUGGCUUUUAUGAUAUAUUUAUUUCGUCUCGUCUAGAUUAUUUUAUGUUGUUUCAUCAAUGUUUGUAAAUUGUUUAUUAGAAUUUGUUAAUUGUAU